AUGGUACAUCGAUACUUGAACAACACCCAUGUUUCAUUAGUUCUGGCCAAAUCAAGAGUGGCACCCCUCAAAUCGCAGACUGUCCCUAGACUUGAAUUGCAAGGAUGUGUGCUUUCUAGUCAGCUGGUAAAGGUGGUACAGGAGGAACUAGAGGUGGAAGUAACGUCAACACACUUUUGGACGGAUUCGAAAAUUUGUCUUGCUUGGUUAUGCACCAGAGAAAAGCUGAACGCCUACGUUGGAUCUCGAAUUGGCAAAAUUAAGGAAAAUGGACACAAUACGGCAAUGUGGAAUUGGAUUCCAUCAAAUUUGAACGUUGCAGAUUUAGCUACAAAGUCUUCAAAGUUUGCAAGUAUUAAAGAAUGGCUGACUGGACCAGAUUUUUUGAAACAUGACCGAAGCGAGUGGCCGAAUCAGGACUGCGUUGCGUUGUCAAUGAGCGAAGGUGUGAAUUAUCAUGAUGAAUUUCAAGAUGAAGAAGAAACAGUAUACUUUCUAACCGUUGAGAAAAUUGUGGAUUUACCUGAUAUUACUAGAUUUUCGGACUACAAUCGUUUAAUAAGAUCGACAGCUUAUUAUUUUAAGAUGAGAAAGAUUCUUGGCCUUCCUAAAAAGUAUAAACCAAAGAAGUUUUCAAUUAACGUUCAGGACAUGGAGGAAGCGAAAAAUCUGUGGUAUAGAAAAGUACAAAUGGAUAUAUUUCACGACGAGGUCCACAGUUUGAGGACAACCGGCUAUGUGAAAAGGUCAAGUCGAUUGUUCACGUACUCCCCCAUAUUGGUCAACGGAGUCAUAAGAAUGAAAGGCCGCAUUCAAGAUCUGGACAAGUUCAAUGUCAACAAUCCUGUGAUUCUACCGGACAAUCAUAAUUUCACCAACUUGUUAAUACGUACGUUCCACAAUGCAAAUGCUCAUCAAGGACUGGAAACAAUAAUCAAUAACCUGAAACAUCGGUAUCGUAUUUUGAAGGUCCGUUCUCAAGUUAAAAAAUUUGGACAAACAUGCGUGAGAUGCAGAGAGUUAGGUGCUAAACCAAGCGUGGCUCAGAUGAGUAACUUGCCACCGAAGCGGACAACUCCGUUCGUUUUUCCUUUUACUCAUACAGGGAUCGAUUAUUUUGGACCUUUAACCGUAAAAGUUGGACGACGACCUAAAAAACGUUGGGUUGUGCUUUUCACGUGCAUGACGAGUCGGGCAGUACACCUGGAAGUGGUUCCAUCACUGGAUACGAGCAGCUGCAUGAUGGCAAUUAGAUGUUUUAUGGCGAUUCGUGGAGUUCCAAAGAAGAUCCUAUCUGACAACGGGACCAAUUUCACCGGAGCAAACCAAGAAUUGAAAAAGUUGGUGAAAGAGCUUGACGAGAAUCAAAUAGAAGAAACAUUGAGCGCGAGAGGAGUAGAAUGGUCAUUUAUACCACCUGGAGCGCCUCAUUUUGGCGGUUGCUGGGAGCGGUUAGUUCGGUCUGUCAAAUCGGGUUUACAAGGUAUGCUGAAAGACAGAAACCCUUCUGAUUUAGUUCUACGAACAACACUAUGCGAGGUAAUGAAUGUUAUCAAUAAUCGACCGUUAACGCAUGUAUCAGAUGAUCCUCACGAUGCUGAGCCUUUGACGCCAAAUAUGCUGCUACUAGGAAGAAACAACCACAUGCAAUAUGAUCACAAUUUCGAUGAGAAUAGCGUGAUGACGAGAGCUGCUUACAAACACGCACAAGUUUACGCGGAUCGUUUCUGGCGAAAAUGGGUGUCAACUUAUCGUCCGGAAUUAAUAAAACGACAGAAAUGGCCAGACAAUCGUAGUUACUACGAGUAUUCGGUAGCCGAUCUGGUGAUGAUUAUUGACGAGAACCUACAUCGAGGCUGUUGGCAAAUAUCUUAA